AUGGUGUCGCCCAGUGUCCGCAAGGCAGUCUCUAGCUUAAAGUUGGCGGAUCCCUCAUUUGAUACGCCUGGCCCCAUCGACCUGCUUAUCGGGGCAGAUGUGUUUCCCCUAUUGGUUACGGGUGGCAGUAUGGAAGGCCCCCCUGUUGCUUUAGAUUCAGUGUUUGGCUGGAUCUUGAUGGGAAGGGUACCCUUUAAACCUGCUCCUGCGGACUCACAAUCCUUCACAGUCUCUUUGUUCUGUUCCUCCCCUCCAUUGGGAGAAGUCAUAAAGAAAUUCUGGGAAGUUGAGGAGUACCCCACCACUAAGCAUCAUUCACCUGAAGAUAUGCGUUGUGAGAGAAUGUUUGUUGAAUCUCACAAGCGCAUGGAGGAUGGGCGCUUCAGUGUAUGUUUGCCAUUCGACACAUCCCCUGAGUUGGGAGACACUCGUGCUCAAGCCAUAAAUCGCCUGCUUGGUUUGGAGAGGCGCCUUAAAGGGAACCCAGAUGUAUCAGCAAUGUACUCGGAUUUCAUGAAGGACUAUCUGGUUGCAGGACACAUGGAGAAGGUUCCUCCAGAACAAAUUCAUUCAGUUCCAGCAUACUACAUUCCUCACCACGCUGUAGUUAAACCUGACAGUUCGACCACCAAGUUACGUGUGGUGUUUGAUGCCUCCGAUAAGGGCUCUACUGGAAGGUCAUUGAAUGACUGCCUGCUUACUGGUCCCAAACUACAGAGAGAAAUAAUUGAUGUUUUGCUUGGCUUUCGGUCACAUGCGAUAGUAUUCACUGCAGACAUAAAACAGAUGUACCGACAAAUUUCUAUCCAUCAGAUGCACCAGGAUUACCAACGCAUUGUCUGGCGGUCCUGUGACACUGAUCCUGUUGAAGACUUUCGCUUGAGAACAGUUACUUAUGGAGUAUCUGCAGCCCCCUACCUAGCUCUUCGUACAAUACAGCAGCUGGCUAGGGAUGAGGCUGCAGCCUUUCCUCUCGCAUCUAAAGUCCUGUUAUCUGACAUUUAUGUGGACGAUAUGGUCACAGGAUCGAGUUCCAUUGAUUCAGCACUGGAUGUUCAAAGGGAACUUCUUUCUUGUCUUGCCAAAGGUGGCUUUAAACUACGGAAAUUCAUGAUCAAUCACCCCGCACUUCUGGACUGGCUUCCACAUGAAGAUGUUGAAACACCCCAGAUGUUGAGCUUUGAUCCUGAUUGUCAGGCUAUUAUCAAAGUCUUAGGACUGCAGUGGAGUCCAGGGUCAGAUACAUUUGCGUACAAGAUUGAAGAAAGUUCCAACCAUGCCACAAAAAGGACCAUCCUUUCAACGAUUGCUAGAAUAUUUGACCCACUUGGUUGGCUUUGCCCUCUGUUAAUGUUCGCCAAACUUCUGCUGCAGAUUCUCUGGCUGCAAACUAUUGACUGGGACGCUGAUCUUCCAUCUGAACUGGCAGACCGUUGGCAGAAAUUCAAACAGGAGCUCCCUUGCCUCACAGCUCUUGCUAUUCCUCGUCACAUACAAGGGUCUGAGGGGUGUGUUUAUGAAAUCCAUGGUUUUUCGGAUAGUUCUAAAACUGGCUUUGCUGCUGUGGUGUACUUACGUAUCAUAGAAUCGAACAACAAAAUCCACACCCAUUUGCUAAUCGGAAAGUCGAAAAUAGCACCAGUCAAGGUCCAGUCUUUGCCUCGCCUGGAGUUGUGUGGUGCCUUAUUGCUGGCGCGCCUGCUCAAACGUGUCGUUGCAACUUAUCAAAAGGAGUUUAGUUUGUCAUCAGUUACAGCAUGGAUGGACUCUCAAGUCGUUUUGGCCUGGAUCAACUCCUCCCCACACCAGCUGAAAACCUUCGUGGCCAACCGAGUAAGUGAGCUUCAAGACCUGACAUCCUCAUCCUGGUGGCGACAUGUACCAUCCGAGCACAAUCCGGCGGACUGUGCCUCCCGUGGCCUCCUACCUACUCAGUUGCUAAACCACCACUUGUGGUGGACAGGGCCAGUAUGGUUACAAGAGCAAACUCAGUAUUGGCCUUUAAAAUCCCAACAUGCUGUUGAAGCGGACCCAGUCCUUCUGGAACACAAGGUUGUGACGUUGGAAGCCAUGACCCAUAAUCAUGACAUAGAACAGCUGAUGACCAGAUUCAGCCAUCUUACCAAGUUGUUGAGGGUCACAGCAUUUAUGCUGCGUUUUGUUCACAACGUGCGCACUUCCCACUCAGCACCCGUAUAUGGGAGCCUCACACCCUUGGAAUUGGAUCAUGCGUUAAGGCUUUUGCUGCUUCGCACACAAUCUAGCUCAUUCCAGAAAGACAUUGAUGCUCUCAGAAGAGCUCGUUGCACUUCUUCCCAGAUUCGAAAGUUAGUACCCCUUUUGGAUGAUCAUGGAUUGAUUAGGGUGGGCGGCAGACUGCCUCAAGCUACAAUCCCAUUCGAGCACAAGCAUCCGGUGCUUCUGCCAAAAUCCGAUCCUCUGACUGAUCUCAUCAUACGCCAUUAUCACGACAAAAAUAACCAUCCAGGAGUUCAGACACUCAGGGGUAUUCUGAGAGAACAGUUUUGGAUCUUGGGUGACAAGGAUGCCAUUACGCGUUUACUUCGUACUUGCUUGCGCUGCUUCAGGCAAAGGCCCUCCUUUGCUCAACCUAAGAUGGGAGAUCUUCCAGCCAUGAGGGUUCAGCAGAUCAAGCCCUUCGCUAAGUCAGGAGUCGACUAUGCUGGACCAUUUCCCAUCAAACUUGCUAGAUUGCGCAGGGCACCCAUCCUGAAGGCUUACCUUUGCAUUUUUGUAUGCUGUGCUACCAAAGCCGUUCACGUUGAACUUGCCUCUGAUUUAUCCACCGAGGCAUUUCUUGCUGCUUACAAGCGCUUCAUUGGUAGACGAGGGAGAUCUUCAGACAUUUACUCAGAUUGUGGCACAAACUUUGUUGGAGCACACAACCACCUCAAGGAAGUUCAACAGCUAGUGUCGUCACCUGUUCAUCAACAAGCCAUCACAGAUGUCGUGUCUCAGCUCGGUAUUACAUGGCACUUCAACCCACCUGCUGCUCCUCACUUCGGAGGCCUCUGGGAGGCUGCAGUCAAGUCGUUCAAAACCCAUCUUCAGAAAGUGAUUGGUGAGCAGGUGUCGACAUAUGAAGAGUUGUACAGUGUACUGGUCCAAGUGGAAGCCACCUUGAAUUCCCGGCCGUUGUGUCCAUUGAGCAGCGACCCCAAUGACGUCAACGCAUUGACUCCUGGUCAUUUCUUGACAUUGGAACCAUUGGUAGCAUUGCCAGAGCCUGAUCUCCAGAGUGUUCCACUAAAUCAUCUAAAUCGUUGGCAGCUUGUGGAGCGGUUACAUCAGGAUUUCUGGCAUCGUUGGCACAGAGACUAUUUGCACACUUUGCAACAGCGAAAUAAGUGGCACAAACCCGCAACGCCUCUUGUACCCCAUCAGCUUGUGUUGCUCAAGGAUGAGAGAUCACCACCUCUACAGUGGCGCCUGGGGCGUAUCCAGGACCUUCACCCUGGAAAGGAUGGUGUGACACGAGUGGCUACUGUGUGCACCACCACUGGAUCUCUCAAACGCCAAGUGGUCAAGCUCUGUCCUUUACCAUUGUGUUGA